CAGCCUGACAGGAAUCAGGGAGAUAUCCAUGGGAACUGACAGAAUCUCACAGCUCUUACUUCAUUUUACUGCAUUACUGACCUUGGACUACAGCUUUAGAACUAACGAGGUUUCAAAUUAAAACAUUUGCUGAAAGGGAAUACACCUCUGACAACUUGUGUCAUCACUCAAAGGACAUGGACAUCCUGCAUAACAUUCCCUGAACUGGAUUAUGGUGUCCCUUGUCAGACUGUGAUCUCAAGAGGAUGAUGCAUUGAAGGCACAGCAUCACUGAGGACUAAAGAGAGACUCAUAAUACUGUCACCUGUGUUCUUCUUCAGACCACACUCCAGCUUCAGCCAGCCCCAGUGUCACAAAGUCUCCUUCACAGUUGCCCUCUCUCAAUAUCUCACUAGGACGCCCUGCUGCAGGAACUGGGAUCCAGAGGUCACAACCUUAGGGUCACAAGUCAGGGGUCAGGGUUGGGCUGAGUGAUAGCGCACAUUUCUCACAUUUCAGUAUGUUUUUCAUUGAUCCCCAUUGCAUUGUAUUAUAAUGCGCAAAUGGAUGCUGUCCUGGAACCUUCAAAAUCUGUUUUCGGGACUGUACCUGCAUGCCAUCUUCCUGUUUGGCAGUGUGUGUGUGGUCUACAGUGACUGCACUCCAGAGCAACUUGCCGCUGUCAUGAACUGCUCCAGACACGAGCGCCACACCAGGAACUAUGACUACAUGGAAGGAGGAGAUGUACGCAUUCGACAACUUUUCAGCCGGACACAAUGGUUCCUAACAAUUGAUGACUAUGGCAACAUCAGGGGAACUCAAGAUCCCACCAACUGCUAUGGUAUCCUGGAGAUCAGGACUGUGUCUGAGGGGGGCAUACUGGCUAUUAAAGGUGUGAAGAGUCAGUAUUAUAUCUGUAUGAACAAGGCUGGACAGCUGCAAGGCAAGAGGCUCUACAGUGAAAACUGCAACUUCAAGGAGGUUUUCCUAGAAAACUACUUCAAUGCUUACUCCUCUGCAAAGUGGACUAUAAAUGGCAAAGAAAUGUUCAUAGCCCUGUCUCAGAGGGGAAGGCCACUGCGAGGGAAGAAGACCAAGAGGGAGCAUAUACCAUCCCAUUUUAUCCCGAUGAAAUGCAGAGAGGAGGAGAGGAGGCUGGACUGAAAGAGCAGAGGACUAAGUCACAGACUGUGUAUGAUUUCAAUCACAUUAUAUGUUUCGAGACACAUAUAAACUCAUCACACUCCAGUUUCCUCAAGAUCUGUCAUUUUCAGAAGAGAAAACGACAAAUAUGAGGCAGGCACAUUAACUGUUCCAGACAUCCUCAAAUAAAAUACAGAAACAAUAAAAUCCUUAAAUGUCUGAAAUAACUUCAGCUGGUACACAAACUGUAAAACCACUAAAGUCUUCUCAGUGUUGUUGUUAUUUUGAGUUAAAUAUUAUAUUGCCUUAUAAAAGUGUUUUCUUUUUUUUUUUUCUUAAAAUGUAUUAGACACAGUCAGGACUGUAUCCUUUUCCAAAGAUGAUCUACACCCAGCCAGAAGACGAGACCUGUAGGGUCAAUAGAGAGGUCCAGAAUAGAGAUUUGGCUUAGAUGUGCUGAAGCAAGCUGGACUUGUCUUUUUUUAAUGGUACAAGUGCCGAGAGUGUCCCAAACAGAGGUAUAAUAAAUACAAUUACAUCAGCAUGUUCAGUGUGUACAGCGAUCUGUUUGUGACUGACCUGCUUUGAUCCAUGUGUCCUUCUGCAUUGAAGACCAAACUCUGGUCAAAUGCAUUGUAGCUGCUCACUGACUCCCUCUUUAUCGUCAAGGUGUGAUUUUGAAAUGCUAAAGUAUUCUGCUGCUGCUGAAACGAUAUUCACAUUAAAA